AUGAAUGCUCUAUUGUUUAAGCGAGAAGGCAACCAUGGUGGAAAACAAAAUGACAUAAAUUCGCAGGGGUCACUUUCUAGUACCGCACUUAAUGAAUCGUCCGGACCUUUAGACGAAAAGAAUCUUCCCAGACUGCCAACCCCGUUUGCGAGAAGCCUUUCCACCAUUCCUAGUUUUGAGCAAAUGAAACGUACCAAUAAACUGCCUGACUAUCACUUGAAAAUAGUUGUUGUGGGGGAUGGUGCUGUAGGAAAGACGUGCCUUUUGAUAUCUUAUGUCCAGGGAACAUUCCCGACAGAUUAUAUCCCCACUAUCUUUGAGAAUUAUGUGACAAAUAUAGAGGGCCCUAGGGGACAGGUUAUAGAGCUGGCACUGUGGGACACUGCUGGGCAAGAGGAGUACAGCAGACUCAGGCCGCUAUCAUACACGAAUGCCGACGUGCUGAUGAUUUGUUAUUCUGUCGGAAAUAAGACAUCGCUCCGGAAUGCUGAAGACCUUUGGUUUCCAGAGGUCAAACAUUUCUGUCCCUCCACACCUAUAAUGCUGGUCGGUCUCAAGUCAGACCUAUACGAAGCUGAUAACCUUUCAGAUUUGGUGGAACCUACUGUGGCAGAAUCUCUGGCCAAGCGGCUAGGAGCGUUCUCGCAUGUUCAAUGCUCAGCACGAUUGAAAGAAAAUGUUAAUGAAGUGUUUGAAACUGCCAUACACUCAUUACUUUCUGAUUCGUUAUACGCUACAAAGGACUCUACACAUACAAUCAAAAAUCCAUUCAAGAAAAACUCUGCCAAGUCAAGUAUCGAUUUCUCUGUUGGAGAUACCAGCAUCUCUGUCUCUAGAACGAAAAGACUAAGAAAAAACAAGUGUACUUUAAUGUGA